AGAGUUGAUUCCCAUUGACAAAUUUGUACAUUUAACCUCACUGUACGUUUAUAUCUGCGUCUGCUGGAAAAAUAAUAUUUGCACAUUUAAGAAAUAUGCUUGGUGUAGUGUUGAUCAUUUUGACACUGUACUCAGCUGUGAUUAGUGGCACUGAACUGACUUUUGAACUACCUGAUAACGAAAAACAAUGUUUUUACGAGGAAUUAGAAGAGGGGGUGACGAUUCAUGUCGACUAUCAAGUUAUUGCUGGAGGCAACUAUGAUGUUGACUGUUUUGUGACAGAUCCAAUGAAUAAUGCAUUGUAUGAAGAACGCAAGAAGCAAUAUGACAGCCUCACCCAUACUACAGCUUUGAAGGGUGUUUACAAGAUCUGCUUCAGCAACGAGUUUUCAACCUUCUCUCAUAAAACUGUGUAUUUAGAAUUCAGAUCAGGCGACGACGAACGACUACUACCUGGUAUGAACAAGCAGACAGCGCUUACACAGAUGGAGUCAACCUGCUUAUCCAUCCAUGAGAUUUUGAAAGUGGUGGAAGACACUCAGACGAAGUACCGUCUUCGAGAAGCUCAGGACCGCUUAAGAGCAGAGGACCUAAAUGAGCGCGUUUAUUAUUGGUCCAUCGGACAGUCUGUCAUUAUAUGCGUGGUCAGCAUCGGACAAGUUUUUAUGCUUAAGAGCUUUUUCAAGGAGAAGAAAGUUAUGGGCAUCUAGUCUUCUUAUGACCACUUUCCAACAAUCCAGCCACAAUUACAUCCCGUUGUGAUGAUCCGUUAUAGAUCUAUAGAUUACAAUAUCAGCAAUGACACUAACAAGGAUGUACUGUAUUUCCCAUAGAAAAAAAAUAGGUACUGGUGUCAUCUUUUAAUUUAUGAAAAAUAUACAACAAAUCAGUAUAAGCUUUACUGGGUAUAGUAAUACAAAUUUUGUGGGGGUUUUUUUUAUACAGCCAUAUUGUAGGGAUUUUUAGAGAGUGUUUAAUUUUGUACCUUUAUUGGAAAUGCACACAAGGUCAAGUUGCAUCUCAAAAUAAUUACAUCUUAGUCUGUGCAUAUACAUUGAAUGUAGUCAUAUUUAACUAGUAUUUCCUAUUAUAAGAUUCAACCAAAUAUAUGACCAUUAAGCCUAUUUCUAGCUAAUAUGCCUUAUGUUGGAAGAUAAUUUUGCUGAUUUUUGGCAUUUAUUUGUAGAAAGAAGAAACAUCUGCCAAUAGAAUUAGAAAAUUUAAAGCUUGAAAUGAUUUUUUAAAAUGUAGAAAUUGGAUUAUUAUUCUAAUUAUAUGAUUGCAUAUUAAUCUUAUAUUUGGUGUAUUGUAUUUGGUGUAUCAAUGACUAUAUUUUCACUUGCUAAAAUGAGAUAAAUUAUUUGCAGUGUGGGAUUUAUGAGGUACAGGUCAGCGUUGUGUCCUUCUCUGUUUGUUUUUUUUACUACAAUUUUGUUGCACUCAUUUUGGGUCCAUUAUUAGAAAGUUAUAACUCUAUUACUGUCAUUCCUUUAACAGCUAGAUACUUUGAAUUUACUUUUUACCAAAUGAUCGAAUGUAAUCCAAAGCAUACAAUUCUAUAAUUUCCAAAGAUUUAACAUUUCCUGUAUUCAUCUUCUCACCUUUGACAAGAUGAUAGACCCUUAGACAAGUGCAAUUAAGUGUCAGAUCUCAGGAUGUGUCUUGAAACUGUUUGUAUAAAAUAUCUAUUGCAUAUAGCUGCUUCUGUAUUUCUUUGUGAUGAUGAAGUGAACGACGGACUACACAAUUUUUAAAAAAAAAUUUGAUUACAGAAUUUUUUAGAUUUCGGUCUACAUAUUGUGCAGUUACUACACAUAAACUGUACUUGCAGUUAUGAUGCAACUAUUUUAGAUGCCUAUACUGAUAGGAAUACAGAAACAAUACACGUCGGGAUUGUGUGAAACUGUUACACCCCAACGCCUGAUGUACUAUUGUUAUCAACCAGUGCAAACAGUGGUCUGUAUAAUUUACACAGGUAUUAGAGAUACUUAAUAUAAAUUUAGGGGGAUUUUUUUUUUUAACAGAGGGUUGUUGAUAUCACUGUGUUAUUAUGUCAUAUUUGAUCGUUGAAUAUAAAAUAUGGUGGUGAA